CCUUCUGCCUUUGAAACUAGGACCCUACCCUUUAAUGACAGGUCCCUCAAUAGCCACUGAUUCAGUUUUUUGAAUAACAGGAUUAAAGUUUAAGGAACUUCUUCUAUAUUUGUUUUUAGUGAUAGUAACUCCUAAAUAAACAAUAUCUGUCAUAACGGGGAUUUUACAAUAAUAAGAUUCAGAACAGUCUUUGACAGCCAUAAGUUCACAUUUAGUCAAAUUGAAAGAUACUCCAGAAGCUUUGGAAAAUUCAUGUACGACUUCAAUCGCUAAAGGAAUUUGCUUUUCAUCCUGUAAAAAAUAGUAGUAUCAGCUAAUUGGGUUAUAAUUAAUUAUCUGCCCAAUAUUGAGAGGCUUAUAUGAUUAUAUGGUAAUUAACCGACGACAGGCUUUUACAACCAGGGACAGAUCGGCCAGCAACAUGGCGGCUUUUCGAGUGAGCGCGCAUGCGCGGAAUCGAUCGUGCAGCCGGCACGCAUCGGGCACAACACGGCUGCCUCACUUCCGACUGCUAUGUCACUAGCAAUCGCCGACUGUUACAUUUUCACUUUAGUAUCGUGCUAUACAUUUUAACGUUCAAAUAACGUUGUUGUGCUGUGUGAGAAAAUAAGAAAUUAAACAUAGUUUAAAAACACUGAAAAAGACAAGCACGGCCCUUCACCCCUCAGUCCCGUGGCGCCAGAGCGCGUCUGGACGAUUGCUUGUGUGCUGCAGGAUGUCGGACGGGUUUCUGAUGGAAGUGUGUGUGGAUUCGGUUGAAUCUGCCAUUAACGCAGAGAGGGGAGGUGCAGGUCGUCUUGAACUUUGUUCCAGUCUGUUGGAGGGAGGAAUCACCCCCAGCAUUGGCCUUUUGCGAGUGGUGAAGCAGUUUGUUCACAUCCCUGUCUACGCUAUGAUCCGGCCCCGUGGGGGAGACUUCCUGUACUCAGACCGCGAGGUGGAGGUGAUGAAGGUGGACAUUGAACUGAUGAAGAGUCAUGGGGCAGAUGGCCUGGUGCUGGGCACCCUGACAGAGGACGGGCGCAUUGAUACAGAGCUGUGUGUGGAGCUGCUGUCGGUCUGUCGCCCGUUACCGGUCACUUUUCACAGGGCUUUUGACAUGGUCUGUGACCCUGUGGUGGCCCUGGAGACCCUCAUCUCGCUGGGCUUCGAGCGAGUACUGACAAGCGGGUGUGACAUCUCAGCUCUUGAGGGGCUUCCCCUUAUCAAGCGGAUGGUGGAGCAGGCUAAGGGCAGAAUAGCCGUCAUGCCCGGAGGUGGUAUCAGUGAACGGAACCUGCAGAGGAUUCUGGAAGGUUCUGGGGCCCAGGAGUUCCACUGCUCUGCACGCUGCAACAGGGAUUCAAACAUGAAAUUCAGGAACCCCCACGUGUCCAUGGGCGCCUCGCUCUCUGCUCCAGAGUACGGCCUGAAGGUGGCCGACGUUGCUAAAGUGCGAGCUCUGAACGCCAUUGCCAAGAACACCCUGUAGGAUCCCAGGAUCCCAGCACCCCAGAGAGUCAUCUGGGGCAGCGUAAAAUGGCGUCCGUCUUACCAGCGUGCAAUGAUCUGGGCCGCUGCCCUCCUGAGCCCCGCACAAACGCGGUGUUUGAAGAGUCUGGCAGACUACAAACAACCAUCACCACCGGCAUGACUGUGUUUACCUGAUGACCGCACUUUGGUGGAUGUCAACGUAGGUUAAAAAUUGAGAGGUGUGAGUUCUUGCUGAAUUUAAUCCCGGCGACUGAAGUGAUUGACUGCCAGAGGCUGUGAUUUAAUGUGAUCGUUGCACGCUUGGGGGUCAUUUCAGACCCCACGCUUCCAGAAACGGGAGGCUUGAUGCUCAGAGUCCUGUCAUAGCACCAUGCUUGAUCAGGUGAGCUCCUCUGGAUGGCCCAUCUGCCGUUUCUGGUUUGCUAUCCGUGAUCAUGUCACACACUGUCUGUUUGAGAAGUGCAAGAUCCCAGUUGUCUUUUUACAGCUUUUCAUCUGUCGUUCUCCACAGUGUGUUCAGUCUCCUUCCGGUUCAUAUUUUGCCAUUUGCUCAACAUAGUACCACUUUAUUUUUCUGUGAUUUUUAUGUCAUCUUGAUUUGUAGCCCAUAAAAAAAUUAGACUGUGACUUCUGAGGUGUGUCAUUGAAUUUCAUGAUGUUAUUGAAGCAGAACCUGUUGCCAUUAUCUGAUGAGUUUAAUAUGUUUUUAAACCAGGAUUUGCAGAUUUGACAAAGACUGAAUUAUGUUUCUCCGUCAGCUUUUGUUGCUCCUUUCUCUGCUUGGCUCUUGCUGGAUCAUUUGUGCUUCCUUGGCACAUUGUCCUGGUGGAUGGGUCUAUUUUAUUUGUCAUCCCCUCAUCUUGCUCCUCCUUCCCUCUGCCUUUCGUUCCUGACAGUAUCUUAUGGUGCCCGUCAUCUAUUAGUGUGCAAUGCCCCCCACUCCCACCAUAAAGCCCCCUUAAAACAGCUCACGUUCCCAGUAUCUACCAUGAUGUAUGUAGAAAUGUGAUGUUAUCGGGCUGGCAGCAAUUAUUAACCAGAUCUACUGCCACUAGGUGGAGGGUGAGGCACAUGAGGCUGGACUUUGGGACUCUGGAUGACAGAAUAAAGCUUCCUCUACCAUCUGGGUGUUAUCCAUGCUACACAAAUUUUGACGCUUGUUAUAUGGCUUCCAUUGAUUGAACUUAAUAAAGCUUUUGCUCCUCUUUUUGAUGUA